AUGGGACACCGACAUUCUACAUCACAGCGCUCGAGACACGGUCAAGUUGGCUCCUCAGAGAACCCUCUCGUAGCACGAGACCUUGCGAACCGGUCUUCCAGUACCAGCCACCAUGGUAGCGAUCUCUGGACGCCUCCCCCAUACUCUGAAGUACUUCCAGCGGGGACGAAAUUCCCAGCAAUGAACCACCUUUCCGCCAAUAAUGGGAUUAGCGCUGAUUCUCCAUAUGCAUUUCUCAAAGAGUUCGACACCAUUUUUGUUGUGGACGACAGUUCAAGUAUGACAGGAUGGCGCUGGCAAGAGGCAGAACAAGCGAUCUCAGCGAUUGCGCCGGUCUGCACACAGUUUGAUCCCGAUGGGAUCGAUAUCUACUUCCUUAACCAUCGGAAUGCGAGAGAUAGGUCCCAUGGAGGGGCCUACCUGAAUGUCAAAACCGCAGAGGGUGUCAGGAAUAUCUUCCAUUCCGUGGCACCAUAUGGACCCACGCCAUAUGGGAAACGCCUUCUUCAGAUCCUACAGCCCUAUCUGGGGAGGGUGGAGAAGAUGGCAGCCGCUACAGAUGAUGUCGGGGCGUUGCGCGAUCCUGCGCUCGCCGUACGGCCUUUGAACAUCAUUGCCAUCACUGAUGGCGAGUUCACAGAUGAUGCGGAAAGUGUCAUUGUGGACGCUGCUAAGCGACUAGAUAAGUGCAGGGCUGUGCCUUGGCAGGUGGGCAUUCAGUUUUUUCAAAUUGGGAAUGAUGAGGCGGCCCGCAGAUAUCUCGAAGAACUCGAUGAUGAACUAGAGCAUAAAGUUCAAAACGAAAAUAUACGUGAUAUCGUUGAUACCGUUCCCUGGAGGGGAGACAGAGGCCAAUCGUUGAGUGGAGAAGGGAUCCUGAAGGUCGUCAUCGGAGCGGUUCAUAAGAAGUACGAUAAACGGAAAGCCACCCAUUGA